CCAUCAGUCCUCCACAGAUCUUCACCACGUGUUGUGCUGUCAAAAAAAAAACCCCAACCUGAAAGGAACAGAAAAUCAUCGCUGGGUUCCUCCACCUUUUUUUUUUUUUUUGCAAGAUUUUGGGAGGAGAUACUCCUUUGGAUCUCAAGACAUUAUUGCAGUUUUGCACCUCACCUUUGUGAGGGAGCUCUUCUACCUUCUAAGUCUGCUCAUUUUCCUCACCUCAUCUGUCUGUUGGGCUUCCUUUGCCCUCUGUGACCAUGAAAUACUACCACCCAAGCUCACUUCCUAGGUACAGGCGAUAUGCAAGGCACCUCAAGACUGUGCGUUUCCCCAAUGACGUUCUCUUCCAGGACCACAUUCGACAGGGUGACUUGGAGCAAGUAGGACGUUUCAUUCGGGCCAGGAAAGUCUCCUUGGAUACUAUCUAUCCCUCUGGAAUGGCUGCCAUCCAUGAAGCUGUGCUUGCUGGGAACCUCGAGUGCGUCAAGCUCUUGAUAAAAUACGGCGCUGACAUAAAUCAGACAGAUGAUGAGGGCUGGACACCUCUGCAUAUGGCCUGUAGCGAUGGCUAUGCUGACAUUGCAAGGUACCUCAUCUCUCUUGGGGCCCAGUGUGAUGCCACCAACAAGGAGGGAGACAAGCCAUCUGACCUUAUUGACCCAGAAUACAAGGAUCUUGUGGAGCUCUUCCAAGCAGCCCAUGUAAACUAAGACUGUAUUUCUUAACCUUUUUCCAUGUAAAAUCCAGUUACCAUGGCCGGCGGCAUAAUCCAUUGCUGGUAAUGAAGUUGAUAAUGGAGUGUAAGAUCUCCUAAAAGAGGCCAUUCUGUAGCUGCAAUAGGUAUAUAUGAGACUUACUACUUGGGGAUUUCUGAGAGACAUGCUUGGGAUAAUCCAUCCAAAAAGAAAUGCAACAUUCUUUAUUGUGGCUCAUUGUCCAAUUCAAUAGAUGACAUAUACUGGUUCUGAUGGUGUGAUUGUGUAGGCAGUUUAAAUAUCUGUUUGUGAUCUGCAUUGGACCGGACACCAAGUUUUGUAAGCAUGUAUCUUCCAGUUCUCAUUUUGCAAUUAUUAAUUUUGAAUAAUGACUCAGCAACAUUCAUGUGAUUUUCCUGAAGAAUCCUCACAAAAUAACCAUGAAAAUAUCUACCUUCAAAAUGACAUUUUAUGUACAUAAUCUAAAACGUAAUGUGUAAUGUCCUAUUUUUAAUGUGUUGCCGAUUCUAGAUUUGCUUUUAUACUGUAUUUUUUAAGUGAUUCCAAAACAGCUUUUUAUUUUUUCAAUAAAGGAAUUCUCAAAUCUUGA